AUGGCCAAAACCCAAAAGAACAAGGCAACUUCGUUCCAUUUGGGUCAAUUAAAAGCCAAAUUAGCUAAAUUAAGAAGAGAAUUAUUAACUCCAUCAAGUUCUGGUGGUGGUGGUGGUGGUCUUGGGUUCGAUGUGGCAAGAACAGGUGUUGGUUCAGUUGGGUUUGUUGGAUUUCCUUCAGUUGGUAAAUCAACUUUAUUAAGUAAAUUAACUGGUACACAUUCUGAAGCUGCAGCUUAUGAAUUCACAACUUUAACCACAGUUCCUGGUAUUAUUCGUUAUAAAGGUGCAAAGAUCCAAAUGUUGGAUUUACCUGGUAUUAUUGAAGGUGCUAAAGAUGGUAAAGGUAGAGGUAAACAAGUUAUUGCUGUUGCAAGAACUUGUAAUUUAAUUUUCAUUGUCUUGGAUGUUAAUAAACCUUUAGAUCAUAAAAGAAUUAUUGAAAAAGAAUUAGAAGGUUUUGGUAUUAGAUUAAAUAAAGAACCACCAAAUAUUAUUGUUAAAAAGAAGGAAAAAGGUGGUAUUGCUAUAACAAAUACUGUUCCUUUAACUCAUUUAGAUAACGAUGAAAUUAGAGCUGUUAUGAGUGAAUAUAAAUUAAAUAGUGCAGAUAUUGCAUUUAGAUGUGAUGCUACAGUUGAUGAUUUAAUUGAUACUUUGGAAGCAUCACAAAGAAAAUAUAUUCCAGCAGUUUAUGUUUUGAAUAAAAUUGAUUCAUUUUCAAUUGAAGAAUUAACUUUAUUAAAUAGAGUUCCAAAUGCAGUUCCAGUUUCAAGUGGACAAGAAUGGAAUCUUGAUGAAUUAUUAGAAAUUAUGUGGGAUAGAUUAAAUUUAGUUCGUGUUUAUACAAAACCAAAAGGUCAAUUACCAGAUUUUAAUGAACCAAUUGUUUUAAGAUCAAAUAGAUGUACAGUGGAGGAUUUUUGUAAUCAAAUCCAUAAAAGUUUAGUUUCUGAUUUUAGAACUGCUGUUGUUUAUGGUUCAAGUGUUAAACAUCAACCUCAAUAUGUUGGUUUAUCUCAUGUCUUGGAAGAUGAAGAUGUUGUUACGAUUUUGAAAAAAUAG